AAAGCAGAAAGAUGAAAAAUGGCGGAUGUGAUGAACGUUGGGGUGAAUUUGGAAGCAUUUUCUCAAGCAAUAAGCGCAAUACAGGCGCUGCGUUCGAGCGUUACUCGAGUUUUCGACUCUUUGAAAGAUGGUAUGAAAAAUAAAGAAACGCUUGAAGGGCGGGAGAAAAAUUUUAUCUCUGAGUUUCAAGAAAAUCUGCAAGCGGUGAACAGAGACCUGAAUGAAUUGGAACGUCUCAGCAACCUGGUCGGCAGACCUUCAGAAAGCCACCCCCUUCAUAACAGUGGUCUGCUGAGUUUAGAUCCCGUCCAGGAUAAGACCCCUCUCUACAGCCAGUUGUUGCAGGCAUACAAGUGGUCCAAUAAGUUGCAGUACCAUGCUGGACUAGCAUCCAGCCUGCUGAACCAGCAGUCUCUCAAGCGCUCUGCUAAUCAAAUGGGCGCCUCUGCUAAGAGACGUCCCAAAGUCCAGCCAAGUGCCCUGGCUUUGCCCCCACAGUAUGUAGAUGAUGUAAUAUCAAGGAUCUGCAGAAUGUUUCCUGACAUGACGAUUGAACUUUCCAGACCCAAUGGGACAUCAGCAGUACUUUUGGUCACGCUAGGAAAAGUGCUAAAAGCCAUACUGGUGAUGCGGAGCCUUUUUAUCGACCGGACUAUCGUCAGGGGGUUUAAUGAGAACGUCUAUUCUGAAGAUGGCAAGCUGGACAUCUGGUCAAAAUCAAAUUACCAGGUGUUUCAGAAGGUCACAGAUCAUGCCACCACAGCUCUGCUGCACUACCAACUCCCCCAGAUGCCAGAUGUAGUGGUACGCUCUUUUAUGACGUGGCUGAGGAGCUAUAUCAAGCUCUUCCAGACCCCAUGUCAGCGCUGUGGGAAGUUUCUGCAAGAUGGUUUGCCCCCAACCUGGAGGGACUUUCGUACGCUGGAGGCAUCGCAUGACACAUGCAGACAGUGACGGUCCCCAGCGUAUGCGAUGGGGAGGAACG